AUGGAGGCGAUCCUGGCGUCCAUGGCGGCAGCAACAGGCAAUGCAUCACCGCUCAAGAAAACUGAACCUGUGGCUAAAACAGUUGCAAUCUCCAAGCCUGUAAGCAAGAAGCGCGACCGAGGAACUUCUGCUUCGUCUUUAUCGAGCAUUUGGAACCCGCACGAGGAGAUGUCGCUGGAUUCUGCUGCUCUCAAUAAACUGAUAGAUGCCGCCAAGUCAUGCACAGUAAACCCGGCCAUGGAGAUUGCGCGGCAGCAAAUUGUUCGCGCUCUUUGCAGUAAAAUCCAUUGCGCCAGUGCAGAUUUGGGCAUCGGAAAGCUGCCGAACUCGGUCUACGAGACGUGGCAGUUCACGUCGCAGCUUACCGUAAAAGAGCACGACCCGCUAAUUCCUCACGCCGAGAGCGACUACAGUGGAUUGUUUGAAGAGCUGCGCAAAGCUGGAGCCACCAAGUCUGGAGUUACGAAAAAGUGCAUGGAGCUCACGAAGGAAUCUGAACGGAUGCUGCGCAAAUUCGGUCAGCAGGACUUUGUAGCUGGCAAGAAGAAGGUGCAAGUGGCGGUGAUGGAGGACGACACGCGCCAUUUGACGUACGGGAAAUCCAUGGUGAAGCUCAGCGCGGCGCACUUUGCCAAGCUGCGCGAGUUGUAUGCUCGGAAGCGGGGAUUGGAUGGGAACGGAUCGAGUAUGGCACCGAAGGACCAACGUCAAUUUGAGAGUGCACUGUUUUGCUUGCUGCUGCGUUAUGACUCGCUGAGUGGAGGAGGUUUUCAGGCUGCGCUUAACGAAGAGUGCUUUGAUGUGCUACUGAAAGAAUUCAACUGCAACAUGGAAUGUUUUGCUUCACCGUUGAACUGCCGCUACUCGCGCUUUUGCAGCGCUUUUCUCGACACCGAUUUUGUCUUUGGAAGUGUCGGUAGCUUCUUUGACUUUUCGCCUCGCUCUGGAUGCUAUGAAGCGAAUCCGCCCUUUAUCCCCAAGGUAAUUAAACGCAUGGUAGAUCAUAUGACAGUGCUACUCACUGCUGCCGAUGGGCCUUUGGCGUUUAUCAUCAUCAUCCCGACAUGGCAAAAGACUGAGGGAUGGCAACAACUAAACGCUAGUCGCUUCAACCAAAGGCAUCUCCUUAUCCCACAAAAGCAGCACGGCUACUGUGAAGGCAAGCAGCAGAUCCGAAAGACCCGUUGGCGCAUCGCAUCGUUCGACACGAGUGUGUUCUUCUGGCAAAACGCUAUGGCGUGCAACGAGUGGCCCGUCACGGAGAAGAAGCUUGAGAGUCUGAAACAUGCCUUCAAGUCAAAGCAAGUCGAGGAGCGCGACGCGCUGGGUCUCCGAAAGUCUGGCAAGCGAGUGCGGUCAGCAAAAGGGACUUGA